AUGGCCAGCCGACUCGCCCGCUCCGUCGCCUCGGGCAGUGCCUCCAAGCGCCUCUGCCGCGAUGCCGCCGCGAGGAGGUCUCUCGCCACCGCAGCGGCCUCGACCGCCGCCUACGGUAGCAGCAGCAGCAUGUCGUCCAUCUUUCCCACCGAACCUGCCAUGCCCACCGUCCUCACCUCGUCCAUCCCCGGGCCGCAGAGCAAGCAGGCCAGCGAGCGCAUCGGCACCUUCCAGGACAACCGCGCCCACGGCUUCGUCACCGACUACCAGAAGUCGAUCGGAAACUGGAUCGUCGACGCAGACGGCAACGUCCUCCUCGACAUGUUUGCCCAGAUCGCGUCGAUCGCAAUCGGCUACAACAACCCGGACCUCAUCGCCCUCGCGCGCACCGACGAGUUCAUCACCGCCACCAUGAACCGCCCCGCCCUGGGCUCGUUCCCGCCCACCACGUGGACCGAGUGGGUCGACACGGGCCUCGGCACCGUCAAGCCGCGCGGCCUGCAGCAGGUCUUUACCGCCAUGUGCGGCAGCUGCGCAAACGAAAACGCCUUCAAGGCCGCCUUUAUGUCCUACCGCGCCCGCGAGCGCGGCGAGCAGGCCAGCUUCACGCCCGACGAGCUGGCGUCGUGCAUGCGCAACCAGGCGCCGGGCAGUCCGGACCUCAGCAUCCUCAGCUUCAGCCAGGCCUUCCACGGCAGGCUGUUUGGCUCCCUAUCGGCCACCCGCUCCAAGGCCAUCCACAAGGUCGACAUCCCCUCGUUCAACUGGCCCUCGGUGCCCUGGCCCGCGGUCCGCUACCCGCUCUCGGAGCACGCGCGCGAGAACGCAGACGCCGAGCGGGCGUCGCUCGCCAUGGUCGAGGAGGCCAUCGUCGACUCGCGCAAGCCCGGAUCGCCCUACGGCGCCGUCGCCGCCCUCAUCGUCGAGCCCAUCCAGAGCGAGGGCGGCGACAACCACGCCAGCCCGAGCUUCUUCCGCGGCCUCCGCGACGUCACCAAGCGCCACGGCGUCUACAUGAUCGUCGACGAGGUCCAGACGGGCGUGGGCGCCACGGGCAGCUUCUGGGCCCACGACAAGUGGCAGCUCGACACGCCGGCCGACUUUGUCACAUUCUCCAAGAAGAUGCAGGCCGCCGGCUUCUACCACAACCUCGACACGCGUCCGACGAUGGCCUACCGCAACUACAACACGUGGAUGGGCGACCCGACGCGGACGCUGCAGGCGCGGCAGAUUAUCCAGACGAUCCGGACGCACGGGCUGGUGGAAAAGACGGCGUCGGUGGGCUCGCACAUCUUCCGGUCGCUGACGUCGCUGUUUGAGACGGCGGCGGGGCGGGGCAAGGUCGAGAACCUGCGGGGCGAGGAUGCGGGCACGUUUAUCGCGUUUGACUGCACGACGCCCGAGGUGCGAGACCGGCUGGUGAUGGAGAUGCGCCGGGAGGGCGUCCACCUCGGCGGAUGCGGGGAGCGAGCCAUCCGGCUGAGGCCGAUGCUGGUGUUUGAGCAGGGCCAUGCCGACCUCUUCCUCGAGAAGAUGGAGCGGGUGCUCAAGAAGCUGUAG